CAAUAUCCGGCAACAUUAACACAUGGCAGUGUGUUAGCGAGCUAACAUUUUCUGUUCUUUAAAUUAACCGAAUGUGUCUAUUUGUCAUCUUAAAAUGAAGGUUAAAGUUCUCUCCAGGAAUCCGGAUGAUUACGUCCGGGAGACCAAACUAGAUAUUCAGCGGGUCCCUAGAAACUAUGAUCCAACCCUUCAUCCCUUUGAGGUGUGCAGAGAGUACACACGGGCCCUGAAUGCCACCAAACUGGAGAGGGUUUUUGCUAAGCCUUUCUUGGCAUCCCUGGACGGGCACAGAGAUGGCGUGAACUGCAUGGCCAAGCACACCAAGAGCCUCUCCACCCUGCUGUCUGGCUCUUGUGACGGAGAGGUAAAAGUCUGGAAUCUGACCAACCGUGAAUGUGUGCGCACACUCCAAGCACAUGAAGGUUUUGUCCGGGGAAUUGCUGUCCGCUUCUGUGGAACGACCUUCUUUACGGUUGGAGAUGAUAAAACAAUCAAGCAGUGGAAAAUGGAAGCACCAGCUUACGGAGAGGAUGAGGAGCCACUCAGCACUAUUCUGGGCAAGACAGUCUUCACGGGGCUUGAUCAUCACCAGAGCGAGGGUGUGUUUGCAACAUGUGGCCAGCAGGUGGACAUCUGGGAUGAGCAGAGGAGCAGCCCAAUCCGUUCCUUCACCUGGGGCGUAGACAGUGUCAGCUCUGUCUGCUAUAACCCAGUAGAGACAGACCUUCUUGCCAGCUGUGUCUCAGACAGAAGUAUAGUACUCUAUGAUAUGAGAGAAUCAACACCGCUUAAAAAGAUUAUCAUGACAAUGAGGAACAACACAUUGUGUUGGAACCCAAUGGAAGCAUAUUACUUCACAAGUGCAAAUGAGGAUUACAACCUUUACACCUAUGACAUGAGGUUUCUGGACCGGCCAGUCAGAGUGCACAUGGACCAUGUUUCUGCAGUACUGGACAUUGACUAUUCUCCAACCGGGAGAGAGUUUGUAUCUGCUAGUUUUGACAAAAGCAUACGCAUCUUCCCCAAAGAUCGUGGCCACAGCAGGGAAGUGUACCACACCAAACGCAUGCAGCAUGUUAUCUGUGUGAAGUGGUCGGCAGACAACAAGUACGUGCUGAGCGGUUCUGACGAAAUGAACAUCCGACUGUGGAAAGCUAAUGCAGCGGAGAAACUCGGAGUGCUUUCCCCCAGAGAGAGGCGAGCUGUGAACUACAAUCAGAAGCUGAAGGAAAAGUUCCAGCACCACCCUCAGGUGCGACGCAUUGCUCGCCACCGCCAUCUACCCAAACCCAUCUACCACCAGACCAAGGAGCUGGAAAUCAUGAAAGAGGCUUGCAGAAAGAAGGAGAGAAACAUUCGCAAGCACAGCAAACCAGGAAGUGUUCCCGUGGUGUCUGAGAAGGACAAGCACGUGGUGACGGUGGUCCAGUAGGCACAAACGGGAGAGGAGGAUUGGCAGCUGAUGGGUCUGGAGGUAGAGCCAUCCAGCUCUCAUGUAGCAAUAAUCAAAAACUCAGACUUUUGUAUUUGUGAGAGGAUCUUUGAAGUGACCAGUUGGAAGUGUUGCCACGUUGUUCUGUGUGCAAAAUAAAAACACACAAAGUCAGAACAUUUUGUCCUUUU